CCGGCGCUAGUGUUUUAAAAAAAAAAUUGACUCGACGUCUGAAUUAUUUUUCAAUAAUUAAUAAAAAAUAAAGUUAUUAAUAAGUAAAUAAAUAAAUAAUUUAAAUAAUUAAUCGUUAAAUUAAAAAUGUGAAGAAUAAAAACGUAAUAAUAUUAAUAAAAUAUAAACAAAUAUAAAAUUAAUAUAAUCUGACAUAAAAAAUAGCUGAUCGAUUUGACAGAAAUAAAAUAAUGAUGGUUGCGCUCUUAUCAAGGUGAUUUAUGAACUUCAUCAUGCUGGAUUUAUGUUAUCUCCAGGCUCAGUUAUGGAGGAUAGCUUGAGCGUUAAGUCACUGGAAUCGGUAGCAACGAGCGACGAGUACGAAUUUGUUAAUGAAAAAGAUUCUAAAUCAUCAUCUAGUCCCAUUGUCGAGCCUCCGAUGCUCAAGAUUCCAAAUAAUGGAAAUUUAGAAGAUCUACAGAACAAUUUGCGUGAGGUGCUGACAGAAGAAAAAAUGGAGAGUCCAGAAUCUCAAUUGAUAACGACCCAGGUGACAAAAGUAGGGCAGAGUAAAUUUUACGAUGCGCUGCCUGAAAAAACAGACGAAAUGAAACCAGAGGACUACGAGGAGUCGAUAGAUGAGAGGAAUGAAGACUGUACGGUCUUCAGCGGCGUUACCUAUCUCGGUGCCGCAGCAAUAAACGCUCCCAAGUCAGAGGCCGAGAUCCAGCGCAACAUGGCAAUUUUAUCAGCAGAACUGACCCAGAGUCUAGAGAUAAAAGUUUCAGUUUCAAUCCCCAGCAGCUCGUCCGGCUCCGUGGUGCUGCGGGAUGCAACAACUCAUCAGUCGAUGGCCUCCUACGAGGUCCAGCGAAUUCUAUUCUACGUCCGCGGUGACUGCACUGGACCCUGCGCCGCCUGCUUCGCCUUCACUUGGUCCCACGGGGACACUCUGGAGUCCGCGAUAUUCCAGUGCCACGUGUUCCGGUGCGACAUUCCUGAGGCCGUUGGCCAGGUGUCCUCUUGCUUCGCAAAAGCUUUUCAACGGAUCCCCAAGUCUCUGACGAGUUCAUUGACACCCAGCGACUUCACAGGACUGGGGAGCGAGAAAACAAACUCCCGGGUCUUCAUCUUCGAGGUGACCAUGGAGCUGAAGGAAGAGGACGGCCGGGGCUACCACACGGUCCCCAAAGACCGGAGCUGCUUCAAGCUCCGCAGCAACGUCUUCAAGCAGGUUUGCUUGAGUAUCCAGCAGGUGGCCAGCAAAGAGGGCGGGGUAAUUCUCGAAGUCGAGCGUUGCUUCGGUGUCCUGGUGAGUCCAGGUCGUAAUGUCCGUCACAGUGACAUGCGACUGCUGGAGAUGCAGAGCAACACUCAGUCACUUGGUGACCGCCAGUGCUACAACAUCUCCGGGCGAUGGGACCCAGUUGACCCUGCACUGGCUGCCCUCAACACGGAGACCCGGGAGGGAAAAAUAAACAUGACCGUCGCCGUGGAUCUGGUGAUCAGAAGGAUCCGGGAGCCAGUUCGAUUCGUUAUCGAGACAGCUGUCAAAGUUUAUCCCCAGAACGAGAGGUUCUGGUACCUGAGUCGCAAGAACCUGGUGCAGCAGUUCCAGCUCACGUCGAGGGAAGUACCCGGUGACCUGGAGAUGCACUACGAGGUGCUGAGUAUUGAAACCUCCGGGGAAUUGGACCGGAAUCGGCUGAACCUGGCACUGAAUCUCGCCUCGCUGAUCAGGUCAUCCUCGCUGACGAGCAUCGACACCCUGACCCCUAAAGAGGACGCGGACUCUGAUGGAGACGAGCCGAUGCUCAGUGGAACUGGUGAAGUAUCAAAGGACUGCUCGGCAGAUGAGCUGGCGAGCUGGAGCGAGGUCCUGGACUCCUGGCAGGGAAAGCAUCGGCCGAAGCUUCUGGUAAAGUUGACCCGGGCGGGAAUCCCCGAGGCACUGAGAGGAGAAGUCUGGCAGAGACUCAGCUGCUGCGAUAAUUCCCAGGAGAUGAUGGACAAGUACCGAGUCCUGAUCACCAAAGAGAGCGCUUGCGAGAGUGUGAUACUAAGAGACAUAAAUCGGACCUUCCCAGCUCAUGAUUUUUUUAAAGAGACCGGGGGACUGGGUCAGGACUCGCUCUACAGGAUCAGCAAAGCCUACGCGGUCUUUGAUGAGGAGGUCGGAUACUGUCAGGGUCUGAGCUUCCUGGUGGCGAGUCUGUUGCUUCAUAUGCCCGAGGAGCAGGCGUUCUGUGUCCUGGUGAAGCUGAUGUACGACUACGGACUGAGAGAUUUGUACAAAGAUCGGUUCGACAAUCUCCACAUGAGAUUCUAUCAACUGAACCGGCUGAUGGAGGACCAGUUGCCGGAGCUCUACAAGCAUUUUUGCGAUAGGGGAGUUGAGACCCACAUGUUCGCGGCCCAGUGGUUCCUGACACUUUUCACCGCGAGAUUUCCGCUUUAUUUGGUUUUUCAUAUUCUUGAUGUCUUCUUGCUACAAGGACUGGAUACACUUUUUCAAGUCGCCCUUGCUUUACUUAUGAUGAGUAAAAAAGAACUUCUUCAACUCGAUUUUGAAAGCAUAUUAAAAUACUUCAGAGUUCAUUUACCAAAACGCUGCCGAAAUGAAGAAGUAUCGCGAUAUGUUAUGAAGUUGGCUUGCUCAGUAACGCUAAAAAAAUUAAAUAAAUAUGAAGCUGAGUUCAUGACACUUAAAGAGGCUCAAGAAAACGCGGACGAGUACAGUAAUGAGGUGGAGCAAUUGCGCGGCGCCGUUGCGAGAACCGAAGAAGAAAAACAGCGGCUGGAAAUUGAGUUGAUUCAAAUAAAAGAGAUGCUGCAGCGCGAAGUUUCACGAGCUGACGCCGAAAGUCGGAGAAAUGUUAUUAUUAUUAAUGAAUAUAAACAAAUAUGUCAGCGUUUGGAAGACGAUUAUAAUGCCGCCAAGACUGCAUUAAGUGACUUGAGGAAUAAAAUAUCAAGUUGCCCGAAUUGUCGGACGACAGUAAUGGAGUCAUCGCACGUGUUUGCUGAUAUAUCGCAUCCACUAGAAAAUCGUCCAGAUCCGAUGCUGCAUCGCACGCAGGAACGAGUCCGGGAAUUGGAAUUAGAAUUAGCUCAGACAAAAUUAGCACAUGUUGAGGCUGAAUGUCGGAAUCAGGAUUUAACGCAUCAAUUACACGCAGCAUCUUCAGAGCUUCAAGCGGCUAGAAAUUCAUGGCCAUGGCUCAGUAAAACUCUGUCAACAAUAAAAGAAGCUGCAAAUAAACGGGACACAAUAAAUUCAACUAUUUCGCGACGCGAUUCGGCGCCCGGUGGAGAAAUGCGUCACGUUAUUCACUCUCAGUCACGCGACAGCAUCAAAGAGGCUGUUUAAUUUCGUAAAAUAUAUAUCUAUAUAUAUAAGAUGAUUAUUAUUAUUUUUCUUAAAUUUUUUUAAAAUUGGCUGUGCGUUGAAAAAUUUUUUUCGUACUCUUUAUUAUUUUUUUUUACUUGAGAUUUUUAAUUAAACGUAAUUAUUAUUAACUAAUUAUUUAAGUUGCCAUAAAAAAACGACGUAAUUAAUUUUUUUUAUUGCCAUGGCGGAAAAUUUUUUUUUU